UUCUUCCCUGUGACCACAGCAUCAGCAAGCAGGAAAGCAGCAAAAAGCAGGCGGGGCUGGAAAUUACAAAUCGCGUUUGUGAAUUUGCAGCCGGCCAACGACCUUGGACGUCGUGGAUAUUUUGUGUUGUUGUUGUUUUUGCGCGAGCCACGUGGUAUGUGUGUGUGUGUGGUGGGGCUAAAGCAAAGAGGGCCAAGAGGAUUGAGUAGAGGAGUGAGUGGGCGGGCGGAUAUGUUCGCCCGCGGUGGCGCGAGCUAUAAAACACGCGGAGCGCCGCGGAUGAACAAUCAGAGUUGAGACGCGAGGACAGAGACGAGGCUCGCACGACAAAGUCUCCGAGAAGAAUUCCGUCAUCUCCUGGACCGUUCUCCCAUGGCAGAGACACGCACCUCCCGUCGCACCAGCGGACCGACGGCGCCGCGGCUUCCUCGGCUUCUGCUCGCCGCCGUCCUCAUCAUCAUCGCGACCACGUCGGCGACGGUGCCCGCGGAGGCGCGGAGACACCCGCCGGGCCACGCCAGCGCAGCGCCCCGCGACUCCACGUGCCGCGACCGCUCCGAGAGCUUCCUCAGACGCGAGCUGCACGGCUGCCGAGGCUCGCGGCGCCGCGCGCUGCUCAACGAGCGCCUCGUGGAGCGGCUGAGCGGAGCCGAGGUCGCGCGGUCGGACGCGGCGCUCGCCGGAGGCAGGGUCGCGGGACGCGCGCAGGGCGUUGCGGGCAAGAAUGGGAGCGGCUCGCGUUGCCCGUCGUGGAAAGGGAUCGUCGCCUCCACCGAGCUGGAGGCCCGGGCGCUGGCACCGUGGACUAUACGCGUGGACCACGACCCCAACCGCUACCCGUCGCGCAUCGCCAUGGCCGAGUGCCUCUGCACGGGCUGCGUGGAGCCGAGCGCCGGGGCGUUCGAGCGCUCCCUCGUCUCCGUGCCCGUCGUGUACCGCAUGCGCGCCCUCUACCGGCGGGCCUGCGACCCCGCGUCGCGCCUCUACGACUACGAGCGCCGCUGGGUGGACGUGCCGCUCGCCUGCACCUGCGUCGUCGCCAAGAUAGCCCCGGAGCUGCCGGCGUCUUAGACCUGCCGAAGAAACCUGCCGGUUGCCUUCACCCUACCAGGGACCACCGGUUGCCUUCACCCUACCAGGGACCACCGGUUGUCUUAACCCUACCAGGGACCACCGGUUGUCUUAACCCUACCAGAGACAACCGGUUGUCUUAACCCUACCAGAGAACCACCGGUUGUCUUAUCCCUACCAGAGAACCACCAGUUGUCUUAACCCUACCAGAGAACCACCGGUUGUCUUAACCCUACCAGAGACAACCGGUUGUCUUAACCCUACCAGAGAACCACCAGUUGUCUUAGCCCUACCAGGGACCACCGGUUGCCUUCACCCUACCAGGGACCACCGGUUGUCUUAGCCCUACCAGAGAACCACCGGUUGUCUUAAGCCUACCAGAGACCACCGGUUGUCUUAACCCUACCAGGGACCACCGGUUGUCUUAAGCCUACAAGAGACCACCGGUUGUCUUAACCCUACCAGAGAAACACCGGUUGUCUUAGCCCUACCAGAGAACCACCGGUUGUCUUAGCCCUACCAGAGACUACCGGUUGUCUUAGCCCUACCAGAGACCACCGGUUGUCUUAACCCUACCAGAGACCACCGGUUGUCUUAGCCCUACCAGAGAACCACCGGUUGUCUUAGCCCUACCAGAGACCACCGGUUGUCUUAGCCCUACCAGAGAACCACCGGUUGUCUUAACCCUACCAGAGAACCACCGGUUGUCUUAGCCCUACCAGAGACCACCGGUUGUCUUAGCCCUACCAGAGACCACCGGUUGUCUUAGCCCUACCAGAGACCACCGGUUGUCUUAGCCCUACCAGAGACCACCGGUUGUCUUAGCCCUACCAGAGACCACCGGUUGUCUUAACCCUACCAGGGACCACCGGUUGUCUUAGCCCUACCAGAGAACCACCGGUUGUCUUAGCCCUACCAGAGAACCACCGGUUGUCUUAGCCCUACCAGAGACCACCGGUUGUCUUAGCCCUACCAGAGAACCACCGGUUGUCUUAACCCUACCAGAGACCACCGGUUGUCUUAACCCUACCAGGGACCACCGGUUGUCUUAACCCUACCAGAGAACCACCGGUUGUCUUAGCCCUAACAGAGACCACCGGUUGUCUUAAGCCUACAAGAGACCACCGGUUGCCUUAACCCUACCAGAGAACCACCCAUCAGCAUCUGUACGGCCGAUUCACAGCGUAUCUCGCUCGUGAACUAGCUGGGUUAACUGGCUAAAUCCGGACGUUCCACGUCCUAAAUAAUCAUUCGUGCAGUUAAUCGAAUCCCUCCGACGAUGAACGCGCCUUGGGAGGCGUUACGUCAUCCAUGCAGCUGCUCGUUUUACAUGAGAGCAGUUUUCUUAACAGAGUCAUAAUUGGUGCUCAUAUUUGCCGCUGGUUCUGAGCAAGAGGUGGACAUUCCACGUGACAUUGCUGAACUUUCAGCCGAGUCUGAGCGAGCAAAGCGCACUGAAUCUAGUUCGUGUUUUGGUGAUCAUUUUAUACGCUGCGUUGACGAUCGCCGUGGUGCUGAGUUGUUGGGCCUCAGCAUUGACGUCCGUCUUCCUAUUUAUUUCAUUGCUACAUGUAUUUAUCUUGGAAUAGGAAUGUAAACUUUCGGGUGACAAGGUGCCCCCAAAGAUGGUGCCCGUGAGGGCCGUGUCGGAGAUGCCAGGCAGGCCCUACUGAGAUCCUGAAUUUUGAUUCUUCGUAUUCCAGCCGCAGUUUUUUUUAUUGUUAUUUAAAAACCAGAUUCCCAAGUGCAGUGAUUUUACGAUCCUCAGCCUUGUCGCUGAGAACUGCAAAAAAUAAAGGCACGAUGUUACGUUUGAUGUUCAUUUCAUCGGGCGAAACUUUGGUUUAAAAUACUGAACAGACGUUUGGUUUUGAUCGCCACGUGACGAACAGCGACACGCGGCUGCAGUGCCGGGUGAUCCUAGUUGCAAAAGUAGCUACAUAUGCGACACUUUCAAUGGUCCCGCGCGAAAAUUACUUCAAGCCAUCAAUUCUGCACUUGCUCUAUUACUAUAGUACUAGACUGCCUUCAACAUUCAUGAACGACUGGGUGUUUAAGU